UCCUUCCUCUCGGCAGUCAUGGCUGCCCCCACAGGGACCUUGCCUCUGUUGCUUCAAUGGCGAGGAUCGCUUUUAUCCCGCCUGGUUGUGGCAAAGAGGCGGGUCGGCGCGAUUCGAUUCAGCUCCGCGGAAGCCGCUGCGGUGUCCCUGGGAGAGCCGCAGGCUCCUGGCGGCAUGGCGCCGACGAAGGAUAGCGAAAAUGACUCCAGGAAAAAGACAUUCAGUGAAAUUCUUGCAGAAAGACAAGUACAAGCACAGAGGACUGUAUUAAUAAAUUGUCCCCCCAAUUUCAAUGCCAAGGCUUUUCUCAAAUACUUAUCACAGCAUGGAAAUAUUAAGAAUCAUUUCUUCUAUAAAAGUAAAGCUAUGUAUGCAGUCAUAGAAUUUUCUGAGAAAGAAAGCAUAACUUCAUUGCAGGAUGUCAUUACAAUUCCAGAAUUUAAGGAUGAAUACCCUAUUCCAUUUAAAUCUAGAAUCCUUACCUUGAUGUUGAGAAAACAGUCAGACCCCGGUUCUGAACAAACCCAAAUUCUUUGUCAUAGACAAACCUCUAUUCCAGUUGAAAUGCUGCUGAAGAAACUUUGUGAUGCAGAAAGUGUGAGUGAGCAGUUGUACCUGCUCACAAAUGAAUGUCAGUUGACCGAAGAAAAUACCAAACUCCGGUUUUUAGCCUGUUCCUUAAUUCAAGAUAUUGCAAGUGCUUAUGUUCCAGACUGUAUUGUGAAGCCUUUUGGUUCUACUGUGAAUACCUUUGGCAAACUUGGAUGCGACCUAGAUAUGUUCCUGGAGCUGAAUAAAGUUGGGAAAAAUUCUGCCAAAAGGAAAACAAGCCCCUUUAACAUAAUUUACCAAAUGAAGAAAGCUCCUUCUGAACGAAUAGCAGCCCAAAGGAUCCUUAACAUGCUUGGUGAAUUUCUUGAUAACUCUGGACCAGGAUGCGAGGGUGUCCAAAAGAUACUUAAUGCUCGUUGUCCAUUGGUGAGAUUUUCCCAUCAGCCUUCUGGACUUCAGUGUGAUUUGACACUAAACAACCGAAUUGCCUUGAAAAGUUCAGAACUUCUUUAUCUCUAUGGCAGCCUUGACCCACGUGUAAGAGCUCUUGCAUUCAGCAUACGAUACUGGGCAUGGAAUCAUGGACUUACAAGUAGCAUCCCUGGUGCUUGGAUUACCAAUUUCUCUCUAACUAUGAUGGUCUUGUUUUUCCUACAACAAAGGCAGCCACCCAUUGUUCCCACCUUGGACCAACUGAAGAAACUAGCUGAUGCAGAAGACAAGGAAGUAAUUGAAGGGUUUGACUGUACAUUUGUUAGUAAUUUGAACAAAAUUGCUCCAACAAGCAACACAGAAACAUUAGAUGUACUUCUUGGAGACUUCUUUGAAUUCUAUGGAAAUUUUGCCUUCAAUAAAAAUUCACUAAACAUCCGAAAGGGGAAAGAGCAGAACAAGCCAGAGGCUUCUGCCCUCCAUAUACAGAAUCCCUUUGAGGAGAAUCUUAACAUUAGCAAGAAUGUAAACGCAGCUCAGCUUCAACGAUUUGUCAGCCUGGCCAGGGACGGUGCCUGGAUUUUACAGCAGGUGGAGAAACGUCCUUUAGACAACUCCAAGCCUUGGGGCUUGGCUGCCCUUCUACAAGCAUCUGAACCAGGACGUGUCGGCAAAGGCUUCAAACGACUGAAUGUGUUAAACAGUGACAGAGUGAAAGACUUGCUGAACUCCUUAAAGAUGUAGGCCAAUGCUCAGAAAAGGUUCAGAAGUAUGGCAGCUGCUAUGGGACCCUCCAAAUUUACUCUUGAGGAGUAGACGAGGCUUCUUCCUGGUCUAAAACAGAUGGGGCAUCUGCAACUGGACUGAUCAGGAUAUCUUUCUUGUUGGGUCCUUUAGUAAAUUCUCCAUUCACCUUUUACUGAUCAUGUUUGAUAACAGGCCAAGAAAGAAGAAUACACUAUUGGACAUGGGGAAAAGGUUCUAGGGGACUCUGAAUUGGAUAACUAAAAUAUAUAUAUAUAUUUAAAAGCGUCUUCAUGAAAAAUCAGAUUCACCGACAUACUGACACGCUUGCAGCCAUUUUUAUUGAAGUACUUAAAUUUAUUUCUGCAAACUGUUUUUCAUACCCCUAAUGGAGAAAUAAAAUAAGCAAAACAAAGUA